CUGAGUCAGGCAAGAGAGAGAUUGAGACAUAAUUGAGUAGGGUAAUACGUAGCAUUAAGAGAGCAGGCCAUUAAGUAUACUGGAGCAGGUGACACUGUCAUCCAAGCGAGAGAGAGAGAGAGGGCAAACCCGGGCACAGCGCAAUGAGAGCAAUAAGGUUCCCCGGCGGAGAGCUCUGGUGGUGGAUGCUCGUCAUCUUGCUCCUCUGCUGCCGCUUCUCGUCUUCCUCCCUACCCCUAAUUGCUGCCGCCACCGCUGCCGCGGAGGAACGCGUCGUCACCCACCUCCCUGGCUUCGAGGGACCCCUUCCCUUCCACCUCCGGACAGGGUACGUGGAGGUGGACGAGGGUAAUGGAGUCCACCUCUUUUACUACUUCAUCCCCUCCGAGCGCUCCCCCGCCGACGACCCUCUCAUGCUCUGGCUCAGCGGCGGCCCCGGGUGCUCUUCCCUCACCGGCCUCGUCUACCAGAUUGGCCCUCUCGGUUUCGACCUUCAUGGCUACAUGGAUGGCCUGCCUAAGCUGGUUUACAGACCAGAGUCCUGGACCAAGUUGAGCAAUAUAAUUUUUCUCGAUUCCCCGGUUGGAGCUGGAUUUUCAUACUCCAUUACAGUGCAAGGAUACAAAUCAAGUGACACCAAAGCUGUCAACCAGAUUCUCAUUUUUCUCAGGAAGUGGUUCGACAAGCACCCAGAGUUCUUGUCAAAUCCUCUGUACAUUGGGGGUGAUUCAUACUCUGGUAUGAUUGUGCCAACCGUCACCUCUGGAAUCGCCAACGGUAAACAUGUCGGAAGUGAACCUUCUCUGAAUCUAAAGGGUUACCUCGUGGGCAAUCCAUUAACAGAUUCUUCGAUUGAUGGGCCAUCAAAAAUUCCAUUUGCUCAUAGGAUGGCUCUCAUAUCUGACCAAAUCUAUGAGGUGUACAAGAAGAGCUGCAGUGUGGGGGACAGCAGCUACCAAAGCGUUCAGUGCACAAACAGCCUUAACGCCAUACAUGAGUGUGUCAAGGACAUAUUCCCGUUUCACGUUCUGGAGCCCCUCUGCUCCUAUGCAAGCCCUCACCCAUACAACUUUCUCAAGCUGAAGCUGAAUUCAGGUGUUCGGGAGAUGCAGCAGCUCCAGGACAACACUGCAGAAGGGCUUCACUUGUCAGAGAUUUCUACACAGUGCAGAACAGCAGAAUAUACAUUGUCCAGAUUAUGGGCAAAUGAUGCCACAGUAAGAGAGGCCCUUGGUAUUCACAAGGGAACAGUUCCUGCAUGGUUAAGAUGCAACACGAGCAUACCGUAUACCAAAGAUAUUCAAAGUUCAGUGAAGUACCAUUUGGAUGUGACCACUAAAGGCUACAGAAGUCUAGUUUACAGUGGUGAUCAUGACAUGGUUGUACCUUAUAUCGGCACACAAUCCUGGAUUAGGUCCCUUAAUUUCUCUAUUGUGGAUGACUGGAGACCAUGGUACGUCAACGGGCAAGUUGCAGGAUACACAACAUCGUAUUCUAAUAAUCUCACAUUCACAACGGUGAAGGGUGCUGGACAUACUGCUCCAGAGUACCAGCCAAGGCAAUGCCUUGCGAUGAUGGCAAGGUGGUUUGCUGGUGACCGCCUUUGAUUGCAGCCUCGAGGUGCAUUGCAAGAGAACUUGGAACAGUUGGGGAGGGAAGGACGCCUGAUUAUUUACCACGCAAAUUGCUCUUUGGUGUGUCUGAAUAUCUGCUAGCUCCUCUUCAGGGAAGAAGCAGGGCUGGUACAAUGUCUUUAGAGAAGAAAAUAAAACUUUUUUAAAAAAGGGAAAAGACAAUAGAAAUCUUGAUAAGUGUGAUAGAUUUAACCUUC